AGUGACGCAGAGUACGCAUGUACCUGGCUUUGUUCCAGUAUGAUUGUGCGUUCAACCUUUGUACCUUGAAGGUUUUCAGUUCUCCCCAGACCUCUGCUGUCACAAACAUGCUCUCUUUGUCAUUGCGGCAGACACUGAGGCCCCUCUUCCUCAGAGUCUCAGGGUGUUUGGGGAGAGAGGGGCAGAUCACCUCAGAGUCAUGCAGGCUUAAGCACAGCAGUGGCGGGUGGACAGGACAGGAGAGCCUGGCUCAGGAUGACCCAGAGAUGUGGAAUCUCCUGCAGCAGGAGAAGGACAGGCAGUGUCGGGGACUGGAGCUCAUCGCAUCAGAGAAUUUCUGCAGCCGUGCAGCCCUGGAGGCACAGGGUUCCUGUCUGAACAAUAAAUACUCUGAGGGAUACCCUGGGCAAAGGUACUACGGCGGUGCGGAGGUGGUUGACCAGAUUGAGCUGCUGUGUCAGAGACGAGCUCUCACCACCUUCGGCCUGGAUCCCAAUCUGUGGGGCGUCAACGUCCAGGCGUACUCUGGGUCUCCAGCUAACUUUGCAGCCUACACCUCUGUACUCAAGCCUCAUGACCGAAUCAUGGGCCUGGAUCUACCGGAUGGUGGACACCUGACCCACGGCUACAUGACGGACAACAAGAGGAUCUCAGCCACCUCCAUCUACUUUGAAUCCAUGCCUUACAAGCUGAAUCCCCAAACGGGUCUGAUUGAUUAUGACCAGCUGGAGAAGACAGCCCGCCUCUUCAGACCCAAACUCAUCAUUGCAGGGACCAGCGCCUAUGCUCGCCUCGUCGACUAUGCUCGCAUGAAAAUGCUAUGUGAGGAGCUAAAUGCCUACCUGCUGGCUGAUAUGGCUCAUAUCAGUGGUCUGGUGGCAGCUGGAGCUGUUCCUUCUCCCUUUCAACAUGCUGACCUGGUCACAUCCACUACCCAUAAGUCCCUGAGAGGAGCGAGGGCUGGUCUAAUCUUCUUCCGGAAAGGUGUGCGGUCCGUGGAUGCCAAAGGUCGGGAGGUGCUCUACGACCUCCAGGACAGGGUGAACUUUGCUGUGUUCCCGUCACUUCAAGGAGGACCGCACAACCACGCCAUAGCUGGAGUGGCUGUGGCCCUCAGACAGGCUUCCACUCCCAUGUUCAAACAGUACAUCGCUCAGGUUCUUCUAAAUGCCAAAGCCAUGGCCGGUGCUCUGCUGAGGAAAGACUACACCCUGGUGUCAGGUGGAACGGACAACCACCUGGUCUUGGUUGACCUUCGACCUUGUGGGAUAGAUGGAGCUAGGGUAGAGAAGGUCCUAGAGCUGGUGUCCAUCACAGCCAACAAGAACACCUGUCCUGGAGACAAGAGCGCCCUCACUCCAGGAGGACUCCGGCUCGGAGCUCCAGCUCUGACUUCUCGACAGUUUAAGGAGUCAGACUUUGAAAAGGUUGUGGACUUCUUUGAUGAAGGGAUUCAGAUCGCUCUAACUGUGAAGAAGAAAACUGGAAACUUAGCCAGCUUCAAGUCCUUCCUGCUGAAGGACCCGGACACAGUGAAGCUCAUUGCAGAGCUCCGCCAUCGGGUGGAGCUAUUUGCCAGACCCUUCCCCAUGCCAGGAUUUCCAGAUCACUAGAAGUGACAGAAAGUGAGCGACACCACCUGAUAUCAAUACCUUGUAGAACUGUAAUAUAGAAAUGUAGCGUUUUUUAUAUCAUGAUGCAUCAGUGGUCAAAUUUCUGCUUAUCAUGAUGUAACUGAAAAUGUAAACAAAUGCCUCAGUCUUGUCAAUGAAAGAGUUUCAUCUGAGGCCUCCGAACGCAAUGGCUGGUGUAUAAAAUCAUAUAUUGAAUAUUGGUGUACAACUGUGAUAAAAAACAUCUCAGUAUAACUGUUGAUAAAAGUCACAAAUUAAUAAACCAAGAAACUGAGUUGGUACAACAAUGCUGUGUUUUGAACUGUGUAAUUAACUGUUAAGAUAUCAUGCAAACCAAAUUAAAUGAGAAAUAUAUAUUAUAAAGGAGUUUCCAAAAUAAAAAUUGUUUGGAACAGUAUGUGCACUGCUUUUAGCGAUAUUAUAUUUGAUAGAAACAAGAGAAAGGAACUAACUUCUGUACUGUCUUUGUAUCUUUGUACGCAAUAGGUACUUUUUAAUAAUAGGCUAUGGUAUAAAUGUAUUGAGAGAGGCGUUAUCUGUUGAGCAAAGUAGAUAAUGACUUUGAGGUCUUUUUUGUGAGGAAUCCAGCAGCUUUUUUAUUGUUUUUGACAUGUUUGAUGUUGUGAGUAAAAUAGGAAUUCAAGUCAAAUUGCAGUCAAAUUGUUUCUGUAAGUGACUUCUGAAGUAAUUGCAAUAGAAACCUAGACAAGGGUAAAUGUGGAUUUCUAGGUCAGCUAUGAGGAUAAUUGUUUUGUUUUAGUAAUUUAAGAAGGGAGGAGCUUCUGUUGCUGGCAAACAGUGAGCUGUAUGAAGCAGCUGGUAUUUCCUGCAGUCAUUUCCUCUUGGUGUUCAGAGACUAUGGAAAAAAGAGAAUGAUUUCUCUACAUGGAGAGAAAUGUGUCAGGAGAGUUGGAGUCAUAGAUUAAAAGUUUUAACACCA